AUGACUAGCAAUUACAUCACGUCCCUGUUGCUAUUAUCAUUCUACAGCCUUAGUCUUCACAUUGGUGUCCAAGCUUUAUCCAUUGAAGAAUUGAUUCUGGUAGUGCCAGGAGUAAAGACACUGUACGAAACAAUGGGCCCAUUCAUGUGCCUUGAAUGUGGAGUUAAUGACAAUCCUGGACCUUUUGCAAUCCAUGAACGCAAAUACCCUCGGUUCCCGCAUUCACCGCUAUUAGUAGCUGCUGGAACGGAUGAUGCAGUAUUGCUGCGUUGGCGCAGCUUUGAGACACUCUUGUGGCCCGUUGAACGCUAUGUAUUGCAGCGAUAUCCGGACCGAGAGAAUCAGUUACGAUGGAGUACAUUUUUGGAUGAAAAUACAUCCGAAUUUGUGGAUGUAGACGUCCAGUACGGACGCAGAUAUGGAUACCGUGUACAGGCUAUCAGCAGAGAUAAUGUGACGAGUGCGUACGAGUAUCAAUGGACACGGGCAGAUCGAGUCAUGAAUAGCAAGAGGACAUUGUGUCGAUCAUCAAAUGCUUUGCUAGAUUCCGUUGGGAUGCUCAACGCGGAGGGAUUGCGCUCUCUAGGGCUCAUUGUCGCGUGCUUUUUGACGGUGUAUGUUCUUAUGCGCGCAAGUGUCAUGGGUGUCCAAGGUACACAAUCUCGAAGCUAUCGCCUCAAGCGAAUUAAGAAGUCGUCGGAGGGAGUUACUUCCGCAGUCAGCAUCUCUAUGUUUCCAAGGCAGUCUUCCACGUCGACGUCUAGCUCGUCGCCAUCUGUGGUAGUGGAUCCUGGUCAGCGUGGCAGUAUGCUCAACGCUACCACUUCGAGCACAAACGCUAGAACUGGCGACUUGACGCGUACACACAGCAGCAUGGACAUGAUGCGGCGGCCGAAUUCGAUCCAUACAUCUGUUCCAAGCACUUUUCGGCCCAUUUCGCGCUCUAGCAGCGGCAUUGACGAGGAGGCCACCGGAUGCAGUCACUGUGGCAAACAUUUCGGAUUUUUUCGGAAGAGGUAUAUGUGCGAUAUCUGUCACUCGGUCGCGCUGUGUCGCAAGUGCGGCUUUCAGGCCUCGGUUGACAGCUUUGACAAUGGCCGAACCAGCAUACAGAUGAAUUUGGUAAGCAACACUCGAGCGAGUAAUGGUGGUCGUGGCUUGGGCCGACGUCGCCUUAGCCUGAGCCAGCAUCAUCAAAAGAAGGUCAAGAUUCGCACCAUCUGCAAGAAUUGCUGCGAUGACGUGUAUCGUUACUCCACACAUGCGAGUGUGAGACCGUCCUACGUUCCUGCUGAUAUGUAA